AUGUCUUGGAAAUGUUCUCCGGACAUUUUGACUUUUACAGGCCGUACAUCUCAAACUUCGGCCAUCACAAAACGCAUCAUACUGUCAGAAACAGCUCAGUUGUUUGAUCCUCUUGGUUUAAUCUCACCAGUCAUUGUUCGAGCCAAAAUUCUGAUGCAGGGCUUAUGGCUAGAAAAGAUUGGAUGGGAUGACCCACUAACUCCUCAGAUAACUCAUCGUUGGAAGACGUUCAGGAGUGAAUUGAUUGAUCUAGCCAGUCUCAAAAUUCCACGCUGGCUAAAUCUCACAUCUGACCUCUCACACGUCGAGAUACACGGAUUUUCAGACGCAUCACAAACUGCAAUGGCUGCAGCUGUAUACAUCAGAGUUUCUCAUCCAAAUCAGCAAUCAAAAGUAACUCUUGUUUGUGCAAAAACUCGAGUUGCUCCGCUCAAACGUCUCACAAUUCCACGAUUAGAAUUAUCUGCCGCAUUACUCCUCGCGAAGCUCAUCUCACGCACACGAAAGGCUCUCAACUUGAUCAACGUGCCAGUUACUUUGUGGACAGAUUCAUCGGUCACCCUCGCAUGGAUUAACAGUGAUCCCACCCGUUGGAAGGAAUUUGUCAAGAAUCGAGUACGUGACAUUCAUGAAAUCUCACCGUCGGCAGUGUGGAAAUUCAUCUCCACCAAGCAAAAUCCAGCUGAUUGCGCAUCACGGGGUUUAAACCCCUCUCAACUCAUGAAGCACUCUCUAUGGUGGUCAGGUCCAGAUUGGCUAACCAAACCUUCUCACCAGUGGCCUUCAUUCUUACCACUUGAUGUCUCUCAUGAAGACAUGGAAAUGCGAUCGUCUGCAGUACAUGUCGUUUCAUCAACUCCAUUUUUGCCUUUGGAUCAUCUCUUGACUCGAUGCAGCACUCUCACAAAACUUGUCAGAGUCACUGCUACUUUACUACGUGCAGUAGCAGUCUUCAAACGGACACCAGAUUCCAAACUCAGCAUCUCGGCUCUCACUCCAGCGGAUUUGCAAGCGGCUCUCACCCACUGGAUUCGUAUUACACAACAAGGAUACUUCGCAUCAGAAAUUCGUAUCCUUUCCCAAGGCAAACCUCUUCCCAAGUCUCAUGCAUUAUCACGUCUGACAGCUCGCAUUGACCAAACUGGACUCUUACGAGUCGGUGGUCGACUUCAGAACUCUCAGCUUGACGAAGAUAGAAAACAUCCGCCUAUACUUCCGAAAGACUGCGUACUGUCACGUCUCAUCAUCGCCAACGCUCAUUCUCGCACUCUACAUGGAGGAACACAGCUCACUCUGAACUAA